UUCAGCUGCAUGUCUCUCAGUCAGUCAGUCAGUCAGUGAGUUGCCCGGGUCCGCUACGCCUGCGUCCGCCUCCGCAGCUCUCCAAAGCCGAGACGCGCCACCGCCGCCGUCAUUGCGGGCAUGACAUACUGGCAUCAGUAGUGGGCUUCCGUCAGGCUGCUUUUAAGAAAAUUACAAAGGAGAGGAAGAGACACAAGAGUAGAGGAGAGUGAAGUGACUCAUUUCCACCCGAGCUUGUGCGUUGAGAAGAGUAGAUGAGCCAAUGGCUGGGGCACAGCCGGGAGUUCAUGCGCUGCAGCUCAAGCCAGUGUCCGUACCCGAGAGCCUAAGAAAGGGCAACAAAUUUAUGAAAUGGGAUGAUGAUUCAACCACUGUGACCCCGGUGACUCUGACAGUUGACCCCAAAGGUUACUUCCUGUAUUGGACUGACCAGAGCAAGGAUACAGACCUUCUGGAUAUAGCAUACAUAAAAGAUGCCAGAAACGGAAAGUGCGCGAAAACGCCAAAGGAAGCCAAGCUGCGCGAGCUGCUGGAUAACAGCACGCUGUCGGGGAAGUUGGAGAGCAGGAUGCUGACGGUUGUGAGUGGCACCGACAUGGUGAAUAUCACCUACCUGAACUUCAUGGCGUUCCAAGAGGAGAUUGCGAAGGAAUGGGCAGAAGAGCUUUUCAACCUGGCGUCCAACCUCUUGGUGCAGAACAUGUCCAGAGAGGCGUGCCUCGAAAAAGCAUACACCCGGCUGAAGCUGCAGCUAAACCCUGAGGGAAGAAUCCCCGUCAAGAAUAUCUUCAGGAUGUUCUCGGCAGACAGGAAACGAGUGGAGACAGCGUUGGAAAGCUGUAACCUCCCUUCUGGCAGAAAUGACUCCAUUCCCCAGGAGGACUUCACUCCAGAGGUCUAUAGCAUGUUCCUGAGCAACAUCUGCCCUCGGCCUGAGCUGGACCACAUCUUCUCUGAAGUGGGAGCCAAGAGUCGACCAUACCUCACAGUGGAGCAGAUGACAGAUUUCAUUAACAGUAAACAGCGAGACCCUCGCCUGAACGAGAUACUCUACCCUCCUCUCAAACCAGAACAGGUCCAGCUGCUGGUUGACAAAUAUGAACCCAAUGCUUUGCUGGCACAGAAAGGUCAGAUCUCAGCAGAAGGCUUCACCAGGUACCUGAAUGCAGAAGAGAACAGCAUCAUUCCUCCUGAGAAGCUGGACCAGAGUGAAGACAUGACCUUUCCCCUCUCUCACUAUUUCAUCAACUCCUCACACAACACAUACCUCACAGCCGGCCAGCUCGCAGGCAACUCUUCGGUCGAGAUGUACAAACAGGUCCUCCUUUCUGGGUGCCGCUGCAUUGAACUGGACUGUUGGAAGGGUCGCACCACAGAAGAAGAGCCUGUUAUCACCCAUGGCUUCACCAUGACAACUGAAAUCUCCUUCAAGGAGGUAAUUGAAGCUAUAGCAGAGUGUGCCUUCAAGACCUCGCCUUUCCCCAUCAUCCUGUCCUUUGAGAAUCACGUGGACUCACCAAAGCAGCAGGCUAAGAUGGCUGAGUAUUGCCGGUCAAUAUUUGGAGACGCAUUACUGACAGAACCUCUGGAGAAAUAUCUUUUGGAGUCUGGCGUGCCGUUGCCCAGCCCGAUGGAGCUGAUGGGAAAGAUCUUGGUGAAAAACAAAAAGAAACACCACAAGACAAGUGGAAGUGCAAAGAAAAAACUCUCUGAGCAGGUUUCUAACACCUGCAGUGAUUCUUCCAGCGUGUGUGAGCCCUCCUCCCCAAGCGCAGGUUCCACCAAAGAGGAAGUGGCAGACUCCACACAGCCCUCUGAUGGUACUGAGCUUACACUGAGACCACAGGGCAGAAAGUCUAUUGGUGAAGUGGAGGCCGAAAGCGAGGACGAAGAUGAUGAUGAUGAUGACUGUAAAAAGGGAUCAAUGGAUGAGGGCACAGCAGGCAGUGAGGCAUUCGCUACAGAGGAAAUGUCCAACUUGGUCAUCUACAUCCAACCUGUCAAAUUUAACAGCUUUGAGGCUUCCAAAAAGAUCAAUCGAAGCUACCAGAUGUCAUCCUUUGUCGAGACCAAAGCUUUAGAGCAGCUGACCAAAUCUCCUGUAGAGUUUGUGGAAUACAACAAGCUGCAGCUGAGCAGGAUCUACCCUAAAGGCACUCGAGUGGAUUCAUCCAACUACAACCCUCAGCUGUUCUGGAACGCAGGCUGUCAGCUGGUGGCUCUCAAUUUCCAGACUAUUGAUUUAUCAAUGCAGCUCAACCUGGGCAUGUAUGAAUACAAUGGGAAAUGUGGCUACAGACUGAAACCAGAGUUUAUGAGACGGCCGGAUAAGCACUUUGACCCAUUUACCGAGAGCACAGUGGAUGGGAUAGUAGCCAACACACUGUCUGUGAAGAUCAUCUCAGGCCAGUUCCUGUCAGAUAAGAAAGUGGGCACAUACGUGGAGAUCGACAUGUUUGGUUUACCAGUGGACACAAAGAGAAAAGCAUUCAAGACCAAGACCUCUCAGGGCAAUGCCAUCAACCCUGUCUGGGAAGAGGAAGCCAUUGUUUUUAAGAAGGUUGUCCUGCCCACGCUAGCAUCACUGAGGAUAGCAGUGUUUGAGGAAGGAGGGAAGUUUAUCGGACACCGCAUCAUUCCUGUGUCAGCCAUCCGUCCAGGCUAUCACUACAUCAGUCUGAGGAAUGAGAAGAACCAGUCCCUGACGUUACCUGCUCUGUUUGUGUAUGUUGAAGUAAAGGACUAUGUCCCAGACACAUUUGCAGACGUCAUUGAAGCCUUGUCCAAUCCAAUCCGCUAUGUCAACCUGAUGGAGCAAAGAGCCAAUCAGCUGGCUGCUCUCACCUUGGAAGAGGGAGGGGAGGAGGAGGGUGACAAAGAGGUGGAGACAUUAAGUGAUGCCCCCUCAGAAUCAAAGGAUCAGAGGAUAACGCCCGCUGAGAACGGACUGAGCCACACACCCACUCCCCCCAAACCUCAGUCACUGGUCAGCCACCAGCCUCAGCCUGCAGGCUCAUUAAAACCAUCAGUGAAGACUGAAGACAUCAUCCAGAGUGUUCUCACGGAACUGGAGGCUCAGACAGUGGAGGAGCUGAAGCAACAGAAGGGCUUCGUUCGGGAGCAGAGAAAGCAGUACAAGGAGAUGAAGGAGCUGGUUCGGAAACACCACCGCAAGACCAGCGAGCUGAUCAAGGAGCACCAGGCUCGUGUGUCGGAGCUGCAGAGCCAGCAUCAGCGUCGGCGCUCUGCCCUGCAAAAGAGCCAUAAAAGAGAUGGUAAGAAAAGUCGGUCUGAACAAUCUCUGUCCACACUGGAUCAAGAGCUGUGUGACCUGGACCAGGAAUGCAGCCAGAGACUGGCCGAACUGAAGGAACAGCAGCAACAGCAGCUCCUCACACUUCGCCAGGAGCAAUACUACAGCGAAAAAUACCAGAAACGAGAACACAUCAAGCAGUUGGUUGAGAAGCUGACCAGUAUAGCAGAGGAAUGCCAGAGCGCUCAGCUGAAAAAGCUCAGAGACAUCUGUGAGAAAGAAAAGAAGGAUCUUAAAAAGAAGAUGGACAAGAAAAGGCAAGAGAAAAUCAAUGAGGCCAAAUCCAAAGACAAGAAUAUGACAGAAGAAGAGAAGCUAGAGAUCAACAGAUCGUUUGUCAAUGAGGUGGUGCAGUAUAUCAAACGGUUGGAAGACGCCCAGAGUAAAAGACAGGAGAGGCUACUGGAGAAACACAAGGACAUCCGCCAGCAAAUCUUGGAUGAGAGGCCAAAGGAUUACUGUGCAGCUGCGGAGCAUGUUACAGAGCGAUCUGGACCAGGAGUACCAGGACAAAUUUCGCCGGCUACCUGUGGAAAUCCAAGAGUUUGUUCAGGACAGCAGCAAGGCCAAGCUGAGCGACGACAGCAUCCAUGGAAACCUCGUUUCCUCGUCGACAGCAGAGAAGCUGAACCACAAGGCGUCGCAGUCAGAGGACGACACGGAGGAGGGGUCGUCGGAACGAGUCUACGAAACCCCGCUCUAGAGAUUUAACCUUGACCCUUUGGGACACUGACUGGUGGACGUGGUUAUGGACACAGAUUCUAGGAUGAGACUGCCACUUUGGUCCUAAUUGUAACCAGUGGGAGGAUUAGGUCAAAUCUGAGCCUGAAUUGGUGAGUAGCGGUCCUCUCUGCGUAGAGUGCAGUCUUGUCCAGACACCUGUUUUUCAUGUAAAUAAUAACCUUUUGUGUAUUUGUAUGUUACCUGUACGUUGUCGUCUCUUUCGGUACGGCCACAGGAGGUGUUAGGAAACACUAACUAUUUGCAGGAAAUAACUUACUUGAACUAUUGCACAGAGAGAGAGUAGUUUCUUUUUAUUCUUUUUAUUAUCACGAUGUUUGCAGUAGUGCUGAUCAGAGAGGCGUGUCGUGCCAAGGGUUGGUAUUCACUUCACAGUGGAUUUUAAAUGGAGUGUACUGUAAAGAAAUCAUUAUAUAUCCAGCCUUUAAAGCUUCCGUCUCUAUAAGAUUUAAAUUCACCUUUACAUAUUUGCACUGAAGGCUCACUAAACCCUCUCUUACUUUAACCCAGAGGCACUGGUGGCUUGCUGGUUCUUGAGUUUGUUCUCACAGAACUAAGCCUAUGCGUUGCUGCUAAUUUCCUUUUUGUUUUGUUUUUUAAAAUAAUUUCUUUUGGGGUUUUUUUUUGUGAAAUUUGGAAAUAUUCUUAAAAAAUUAUCUGCCAUUCUUUCUUUGUUCUGCCUCGUAUUUGUUUUGGGUUUUUUUUAACAAGUUUGUGGACGAUUCUGUCCAAAGAGGACAAGAAGGGAACGUUUAUUUGUACAGUGUCUGCAUGUAUUUGAACAACUGUAAAUGUUAACAAGUAGCUCUGUAGCAGAGAUGUUUAUUAAUGUAAAUCUAUUUUCUCUGAAACAUUUAAACUUAACCUGCAAAACAGUGGGCUCAGUGUGGCUUGAUGCAUCACUGCGGAAUAAGCUGAACAGGACUAAAGUAAGUAAUGACACACCCUGUUCUCUAGAUGCAACGCUAGCCGGCUCCUGCUCACAGAUUGCUCAUUGUAUUCUUUACCUUUGCCCCCUUGACUAAAACAAACCAGGACAUUCAAACAGAAGAGGAUCCUGUUGUAGUUUGUUGAAGCGGCCUUCCUCUUAACUGGUUCCCUUUGUACUUACAGGGAAACCUUGUGUGCACAAUACACACAGAGAAUGCCCACAGAAAAUACGUCCCCCUCGGGCAUCGUCAUUAUUUUUAUUAUUAUUUACCCACGAUUGGAGUCUAAAGCGGGGAAACUGUGGGGAAAUGGUUGCAUUAUUUUCAAUCAGGUGCUCAGUUUAUAUCUGCAGAACACCAGCGUUAACAUGAACCUAUGAAUAACUGGACUCCUCCCCCCUGUAACAUGUGAACUGUGCUAAUUCAUUAAGUUUUUUUUUAAACUUUCUUCCGCCCAGUGCCACCAUGGGUGUGCCAUUUGAUAUCGAAUCAUAUUUCAGCUGAUUUUCCUUUUAGAAAAAGAGUUGAAAGUGAAGGAUUGCCUGACAUGUAAGUACAAAUACCUUCUUUUUUUUUUAAAGAUGAUAUCGAUGUGAGAGUCCUGUGCCUUUUGAAUGGGUUUGCCUUGUUUGAUGUUGAAUGUGUGAAAUGCAUCAUUGUUAAAAUUGCCAUUAUAUAAUAAUAUAUGAAGCUGUCUGGUAUUGAAUAGACCGUGUGCACUUUUUAGUACAGUACCACUACUGAGUAAUGCUUGUAAUGAGAAGUAUUUAACAUGUGACUCAUAAAGGCAAGAGAGACAUUUUUUGUUUUCUUUUAUGUCUUGAACCACUUUAUUUAACAGACUACCCCCCCCCCCCCCCCCCCCCCCCCCCCCUUCUCAUCAGUGUAUGCACUCUGGAAAUGUAAAUGUACGUAUGACACGAAGGUUAAAACAUGAAGCUGAGAAAAAAAAUCUAGUGUAAAGGGAACUUGCUUGUAAUUACAAUAAAUGUGGCUAUUAUUGUA